AUGGAUGCUUCAGCUCAUGGAGGGAAGGAAAGAAAGUUCCAUUAUCAUGUCAAACCACCAACUGAAGACAAAUUUGACAGUAUGAAUCUUAAUGUUAAAAUUGACACUUCCUGGGUCUUCCAGGAAGCAGAAGAUGCUGAUGAUGCACAUGGUGGUCUUUCUGAAGAAGAAGCAAAGAGCAGUGAAGAAGAUGCUGGAAAUCUUAGAAAACAGCUAGAAACCUCAGAGCAAAGGCUGAGAACAGCUGUUGAGAAGCAUGUGAGGUCAGAGUCCCGGCUUAGAAACAGGAUUGAAGAGCUGGAGUGGUCAGAGCAGAAGCUUCUUCAAAGGGUAGGUCAGCUGAACGCUCAAAUGUACCAAGAAGAAAAUGCCUAUCUUCAAGCUAAAGAGAAACUUGAGGAGAUUCAGGAAGAACUGACAGAUCUGGUAGAAGAAACUGAAAGAGCUCGCAGGGUACAAAGAGAAAAACUUCAGAAGUUUCAGGACCAGUUGCACAGGAAAGAUGAAGAACUGCAGAGCCUCCUUACAUCCUUUGAACACUAUAAGCAGAACCAAAGGCAGCAAAUGGCUGUGGUGAGAGAGCAGGAAGGCUUCCUCAAGGGCCAGGUGCUUCGACUGGAGGAGGAAGCCCAACACCUCCGGGAGGCCACAGCUUCCCUGAUGGCGGAGCUUGAGGCAGGGGGGAGCCACGGCUUGGAUUCCCAAUUAGAGAACCCAUUGGAAACAAGCAGAUCACAGCCUUGGUGCAUUGGGGAAGAUCUGGCUGAGCUCCGGGCUUUCUUAGAAGUGGGUGAGCUUCAGGCUCGGAGACAACUGGCCUCUCUACAACAGAGCCUAAUGGCACUGCUUGCUAAGGAGGAGAGCAACAACCAAGAGAAGGAGGAAAUCCUACGCCAACUCCAAGAGCACCGGGACACCGUGCUCCACCUGCUCGUGAACAAGCUGGAGGAUUUCCGAGCUCUGGGGCCAGAGCUGCCAAGGGAAGAGCUCAAAGAGCAAAAUAACAGCCUGCAAGAUGAUCUAGGAGCCAAGGAAGCUGAAGACUUGACUAAAACCAAAGACUCUGAAGUUCUGUUCUCUUCAGCAUCACAGACACAGAGCAAGCCCUCAUUUUUUCAGGACGAAUUGCUACCCCUCAAAUGGGAGGCGGCUCUUGAUCCCAGUAGAAACAAAGCCUGUCAGACACCAUUUGUCAUUGAAAAUGCCAAGGGAUCUUGUGCUGUUGCAGGUCUUCCAGCUGAGCAAGACUGUGAUUGGGGCUCAUUUGGAGGCAUGAAAGGAUCGCCAGCCUUGCUGCCCACCUUGGAUAACUUGGAUGAACUUGAAGAAAUCAAGAUAUCUGACAGUGAACAGGGUUGUUCGGGUGUGCCCACCUCAGAUCCACAGACGGUCCUUUUCUUUUUUUGUGGAUCUUCCUCAGGCCAGUUUAAUGAUGAUCAUCUGUUCCCUUUUGACCAUCGCAGCUUUUCAAUAGCAACUCCAGAGCCACAAAAUAAAGAGUCAUUUCCUUUCUUGGAGAAAUCCAUGAUUCCUUUGUUAAUGCCCAUGGUUGUCCCUCCUGCUCCUGGAAGUCUUACAGUUCUAAAAGAUUCUUUCCAAGAAGAACUUCCUCAGAGCCAUGUAACUCAUGGUCUCCAAUCCAUGCAUAUCCCCCAAGUCCUGCAGGAGACAAGGUGGAAUCCUGAUGACACCCAGUACAGUGCUGAUAAUCCACAACCUCUUUUGAGAAAUGGUGUUUCCAGAAAAUGCACAGGAAUGGCUGAGGAGGCUCUUGACCAAAGAGUAGGAGCUAGAGAACUUGAAUUAGAAGAAAAGCAAGGAAAGUGGUUAAAAAGCCUGGAUGUAUUUCCACAAAAUGGAACAAAGACAAAGGAAAUCUUGGAGUGGGACUUCAGUGAUGGAAGCAUUCUAGCUAAUGGUGCAAAAUGUUCCAAACAUGUGGAAGAAGAGAAAGAAAAAAAUCAGUUCCAGAAAACCAGCUGCUACCCUGAGCAAAGACAGAGAAUUCAAAUUUCAGUGCCACAGCAUGAGGCAGAGACUCAAGGGGAAGGACUGUAUCUCUUGGAAGGAGAGAUGAAAGUAAAGGCAAAUGUUUGGGCUCUUCAAAAGCAAACACAGGAAAAGAGCCAAGAAGGUAGUUCUCCAGAGGAGUGUGGGAAUCUCACAGUAGUAGCUGGAAGGAACCAAGAAUAUUUGCCAAAGAAUGCCAAUGUACUUGAAGAGAAAGUAAUAGGACUUGGGGAAAAAUCCAGGCCAAAUGAAGAAAAACAAAUAGGGCUCCAAAAUAUUGAAGCCUGGGAAGAAAAAGAUAAGUUGUUCGAAAUGGAAAAGAAGAGAGGAAUAUCCCAUCAAGAAACAGCAGAUCUAGGGAAUGAUAGUUAUGGCCAAUGUAUCCAGAAAAGAAAUGCUUUUGAAAAAGAAAAGGACAAGUUUUUCUCAGAGGAACAGGGAUGUUCUCAAUUCAGUAGGAAAUCAUCAUUGCCAGAUGAAUCUUGUGAGAAUGAAAUAUUGGCUACAGACAUAGGGAACAGCAGAUAUUUUCUUAAAAUUAAUGAACUAGAGAAGGAGGUAAAGAAGCAUUUCCAGGAAAUCUUUGCUUUGGAGGAAGAAAAUGAGAGUUAUCGACAGAAAAUGAAACAGUUAGAAGAAGAAAACUGGAGGUACUCCCAACAGUUGCAAUCCUUAGAGGUGGAGGUGAAUGUUGAUACUCAUACAGCCUCAGCAGAUGCAGAUGGUGGAACAGAUGUUGAUUCUUCAGAAAUAUUAGAAGACAGGACAAAGGGAGAAGUUGUUGAGAGUAUGAAACUUAAAAGGGGCAGGGAAAUUAGAACAAUAUUUGCUCUAGAGAGGAAAAAUGAAACUCAUUCUAAGAAAUUGCCUGAUUUGAAUGAAAUGAUUCUAAAUUCUCAAUUGGCCAUUUUUUUGAACAGCUUUCCCCUAAAAACUGAAGCACGAGAAAGCAUGAAUAGGUUUUUCCACCUGAUUUCUGAUAUACAGAAAGAGCAAAAUCAAGUUUUCCUUGAAAUAACCAAAUUACACAGAGAUCAUGAAAUAUGUAAUAAUAAAACAUAUGCUUUAGAAAAAGAAAAAGAGAGGAAUCUGAAAAGGAUAGCUGAGCUUGAAAAAGAUAAGGUCAAUUUGCUAGAAAACUUAUCUCAGCUAAGAACUGAACUAGAACAAUACUUGCAGGUAAUUUCAGACCUUGAAGACUGCAAUGGGAAAAGUUAUGAUAAAAUUUCUGACCUGCAGGAGGAAAAUAUGGCACUGAAGAAGAAGGUGGACAAUAUGCAGAAAGCAAUGGCAGAGAACAUUAGGGAAGCACAGGAAGUGACUGAGCAGAUUACACAAGAAAACCGAGAGCUCAAGGCCUUGAUAGCUGACCUUGGCAUUGGUUACAAAGAUCUAAUCAAAGAUCUGGUGCCGGGAAUACAAGACACGAUGCAAAGCCUGAAGGAAGAAAAUGAACAACUUCUCCACAAGAUACAUGUUAUGGAAGGGAAGGCCACACAGGAAACAAAUGGUAUCAAACAAAUAACCAAAGAGAAUGAGCAACUAAGGGAACAAAUCCAGAAGCUGUUGGACAAAGCAAGGAUGGUAGACCAAGGAAUUCAGGUAACUGACCCCUCAGGCCAGCCAACAACAGACGAAGGAUUGCCUUUGGAGGAAGUGUCUGUUUUCGCUAAAGGACAAAAGCGAUACCCCAUUUGCGGUGAAAUGUAUCAGCUCCCCAUGGACUAUAAAAGACUGAAUUCAUUUUUAGUGAAGGAGAACCCUGAGGUUUCCACUGUCACUCAAGAUCCAUCUAAGGAGUGGGAAAAGAAAAGGGUAGAUUUUGAAAAAAAGAAAAAAAGGAAGAGUUUGUCUGAAUUCCACAAUCGAGGACAUGAAUCACUAGCCAGUUCUUCUCAGCACCAGGAUUUCGAGAACAUCACUCCAGAAGAAGAAUCCAAGACCAGCAGUAAGCUCCUACACCACCAGGUAUUAACCCUGAGGUCCCAGCUCAGAGAUCAGGCUGCCUUAUACAAUGAACUUCAGGCAUCUCAAAGUGAAACUCGGUACCUUCAGGGCCAGCUGAGAGAAAAGAUUGAAGAGCUCAGAAGGAGGAAAAAUGAAGUGAACUUGGCUGUGACACCUCUCAAGGCAAAAGUGGCUUCUCUGGUUCAGAAAUGUCGGGACAGAAACAACUUGGUCACCCAGCUGGUACAGGAACUGCACAGACAUGGGAUUGAGAACCUGCAGCUCUCACAGGCAGCAAGGGCUUUGGUGGAUGAUGUUGCUGUGGCCACUUAUGCAUCUACCUUCAUGUCUUCUGACCCCAGAGAGGCAUAUUACCAAUCAGACACCAAGUCUGAGAACACUGCCUUUGGAAGAGAUCAAACCCAUCUCCUGAGCCCAAAUAUGACCAAUCACUUCAGUGGAUAUUUCAGUUCUAACACUUCUCCUGCUGCUGACUCUGACCCAUCACUUAGGAAAACUCACACUGGGCCUCCAAAUUUGCCUUCUGGAGUGAUGAAUAAUCCCAGAACCUGCCAGAUUGGAGAGGAUGUGGAUGCAGGGCUGAUUUCUGAAAGCAUUCAGCAGGAAACACAUGAGAUCUGCAGCCUCUCCGCCCCUCCAACCAAUGACCUCCCUCUGCCUUCAAAAGUAAUGAGCCCAGAGAGGAUCCUAGCCUUGCAUUGGGAGCUAAGUCACAGCCGAUACAAUAAUUAUCAGACUCUGGCUGCCCCUUCUGAGUCAGCCCUCAGUGGUUCCAGCACACAGCCCUGUCUGGUGGAGCCAUGCCAGCCUACAGGGCCCUGUUUCUCAGAGUCUUUAGCUGGUAGCUCUUUCGAGGAACACCAACAGCAAGAGCGAGGAUGCAAAUGGGGUGACCCAUCAUAUAGUCAGACAGAAAAUCAGCAUUCAGAAGCUGAGCACUGGGGCAGCAGUCCCAGAAAUACCAUUAUGAAUAACACAUGGACCUCUGGAGACCAGCCAGAUGGCUCAACCUCCAUGACUACAGCAGAAAGCCAUUUGUCAAAUGGGUUGUCAGCAAGUCAUAAAGGUCUGAGUCCUUUGGGGGAAGACUCAGCCGUGCUGGAGAGAGCAAGAUCCCUGGCUAUAAAGCAAGAGGCUCCUGCUCCAGUUGGCUCUCUGUGCAUCAUUAAAGCAGUUGGUCAGAAGUGUUUAAUGAUUGGCUGGGAAAGGCCAGUGGUGGAUGAGUUGGGCUGUAGCAACGGGACUUUUGUAGAAGGGUACCGGAUCUAUAUUGAUGGAGAGUUUCACAAGUACCUUGUGAGUUCAGCUUGUACAAAGACCCUGCUGGAGAAUCUCGACCUCUCAGUUCCCUUUAGCAUCAGUGUGCAGACUGUGGGGACUGGUGGUUUAGUUUCAGAGAAGGUGCACAUUGAAUUUAAUCACUGCACAAACAAAGGCACUUCAUCAUCUGGAUACAGAAUCUCCCCUGAUGAGCAAGCCCAGGAUUGCGGCUCUCCUGAGGUGAUUGGAAGUCGAAGAUUAUGCCCACCAGCCUCCUGUAAAGAUGGUCACAUUGGAGGACCAAAGAAGACAGGAAAAAACAAUGCUGCUGCUUAUACUAUGGAUAUUGUGCUGUGGAUGGAGGCUGUAAAGGCCAAUCAAUGCAUGAUUAACAACCCUAUCCACUGA